AUGGUCGAUCCGCUGGGCAUCCCGGCUCUCACCAUUGCAGUCUUGGAUCAGCUGUGGAGGAUUGGACGGGCCACCUCCGACCUUAUCGCUGACUUCCGCGAGUUUGACAGUGACACUCAAAAACUCGAAAGCAAGAUCAACGACGAGAACAAUCGAACGCGUACCCUGCGUUGUUUGCUGUUUCAGCCUCUUCCGAUAUAUGAGAACAACACUCUCUUCGAGCGGUUCGAUGAUGGAGUUCAGAAUCAAAUCCAGAUCAUGUUUGAACAACUCUUGGGUGUAGUUGAUGAGGCUUUCCAGCUACUCUCCCGUCGCCAGGCGGCCGCUGCAACUACACCUUCGCCCAAUGCACCGCCGUCCCAGACACGCUCGACUUCCAGUCUGAGUCUAUCUCGGCACAAGUCUCUGCAGCGUUGGAGAUGGACCCUGAUGGACCGAAAGCGCAUCGAGGCCAUCAUCGAAAACUUCGGUGAACUCAACGGUCGGAUACACGAGAACGUGAAGCUGUGGUGCCUAGGAACAUCUAUCGGAGUCGAUCUUCAACAUCUCAGACGGCUCGAAAGCGAUGUGUACGCCCGAGAGAUUGGGUUUGACAUGGACGCCCGGCUACAGCUCUCCGCUACAGCUGCGAGCUCUGCAGAAGCAGACCUCGAGCUGCGUGACGCCGACUUGGUGCAAGAAAUACAGAGGACACACCCGGUAGAGGAUAAGUUCGCCGUUCUGGAGUGGAAUGGAGAAGCUCUGCUGGUCGAGUAUCGUUCAUAUGCACCCGAAGCAACCAUGUUCACCCCGCUGGAUUCUCGCACCAGAGCACUUGUUGAAAAACUUGCAAGACUCUUGCAUCAGCCCAAAGAGACCAUAUUCAGGACCCCGUCUUGUCGAGGCUGGGUGCAUGAAAGUUUCCGAAGCGACAACAUUCUGUUCUUCCCCGAUCAAGAGCAGAGCGGCGAUUCCUGCAAGGAUGGAAUCCCAUCAAGACUGGACUGGUCUCAGCCUUGGCUUCUCGGCUUUGAAUUCAGCAGACCAGAAACAUUCUUCUCGAACGGAGAAGAGGACAGUUGCAUCGAGCGCGAAAUCUACCGCCAUCCAGAUCGCCAAGGAAAGCCCGCAGUGCCAUUUAACAAGCUUCAUGAUAUCUAUGCCCUCGGAGUCGUGCUGCUAGAGAUUGGCCUCUGGCAACCUGCCAUUACGAUUUGCAAAGAUCAGCUACGCCGAACUCGUGAUCCGCUUACUAUUCAUCAAUUGCUUGUUCGGCGCGCGGAGAAGUACCUGGGCCAGAAGACAGGCCCGAAGUAUAGAAAGGCCGUCCUUGACUGCCUGCGCGGCGACUUUGGUGUGACGGAGGAUAGUAAGGAGGACUUGAAACUGCAGCAAGUGUUUCGUUUACAGGUUGUUGAGGUGCUCGAGCGGGCAGCGGGAAGUAUCUAA